GGUGCAUGAUUCCCGGUGUUUAUAUCUCCUAUCUCCAUGCAACUCUAAUACGCGUAUCCCCAGAGUCUUGGCGGACAUUCGGCCGGCCAAUCUUCGACCUCUUUACAACCCAAAAUAGCGAAACGUGGGGCAGGAUCCCUGUAAUAUGCAGUGACAUGGCGAUUAAUUGAAUUGCAGUCUGUAGCGUCCUAACCUGGUGACACCGAGUUAACGCUUCGGUGGACUGAUCUAGCCCAGGUAUGGCAAGGUUGAGAACAUCGAUGACAUGGCUACAUAUCACCUAUGCAUACAUUCUUACCACGAUAAGAUCCUAAGGCUCUCUAUCGAAGUAGAGUAGAUGAUGUUCCAAAAUAACAUAAAUAGACGGUGUACCGGUCAGCUCUAAGUCCAAUCUACUUCAGAUUUCUUCUGCAGAACUAUCCUUGGACGUGAAUAGUUACUGCACAUCGAUCUUUUCGAAUUCGGCAUUUAAUCAGCAACUUCGACCUUUCUUGACUGAGUUGAACACAAGGCAAGUACCAAAGACUACUUCAAAACCCAUACAAUGGCUAGCCAAAAGUUGAUAGCCCUCGUCACCGGAGCCAACAGUGGGAUCGGCUUUGAAGUAGUAAACCAGCUCCUAGCCGACGGCUCUUUCCACGUUUUACUUGGUGCACGGUCAGCCGAGAAAGGCCAGGCAGCUGUUGCAGAGCUCAAGUCUCGUAACUUGCCAGGCACUGUAGAGUUGCUGAAGCUCGAUGUCGCAGAUGAGAACUCAGUCAUUGCGGCUGCAAAACUGGUCGAAGCAGAAUACGGAAGACUCGAUGCAUUGGUGAAUAACGCAGGUAUUGCUGGUUCCCAGGGGACCAUUGCCGAGCAAAUGGUCGAGUGCUUUCGCGUGGCCGCAGUAGGAACCCAGAUGAUGGGUGAUUACUUCGCCCCUCUGCUCAAGAAGUCAGUGGGGACUCCCCGGCUCGUCAAUGUUACAAGCGGUGCCGGGUCCAUAGUGAUCCCAUACCGAGUGAGCAAGUCUGCUAUGAACAUGGUCUUUGCUGGUCAGUACCGGGGUUUCGAGGGCGAUGGCUUCAAGGUUUUUCUGUACGGGCCCGGACCGACUGUCUCAAGUUUGUCGCCGAGCAAUGCUCCCGGUCCUGGAAUGAAGCCGACCAGUGAAGGGGCCAAGCCAAUUGUCGAGAUGGUACAAGGGAAGCGAGAUGUAGAUGCGGGCAGAUAUGUCGAAUAUGGGUAUGAAGGCUCAUUCCCUUGGUAA